CGGGGGGCGGCGCUCCGGCCCGGCCCGGCCCCGCCCGAUGUCCAUGAGCGCGAACACCAUGAUCUUCAUGAUUCUGGGGGCGUCGAUCGUGAUGGCCAUCGCGUGCUUGAUGGACAUGAACGCACUGCUGGACCGAUUCCACAACUACAUCCUCCCGCACCUGCGGGGCGAGGACCGCGUCUGCCACUGCAACUGUGGCCGGCACCACAUCCACUACGUAAUCCCUUACGACGGGGACCAGUCGGUGGUGGACGCCUCCGAGAACUACUUCGUGACAGACAACGUCACCAAGCAGGAGAUCGACCUCAUGCUGGGGCUGCUGCUCGGCUUCUGCAUCAGCUGGUUCCUGGUGUGGAUGGACGGCGUCCUGCACUGCGCCGUGCGCGCCUGGAGGGCCGGCCGGCGCUACGCGGUCUCCUCACCUGACAGACGCGUGACAGCUUGGGAAGUUGCCAAGGAUGAUGGCAUCCCCAACCUCCCCGCACCCAAGGCGGCUCUGCCAGGUUUAUUCCCGCAGACCAGCUUUCUCACCUGGGAAACGGGACUGCAGACAGCCACUUACCACUCGACCACUCAGACGACUGAGGAGCUACAUGCGCCCAAGGAGCCGGCGUGCCCGGUGCUCGGUGGACUGGCUCGCUGUGAGUCCUGA